AUGGAAUUAACUGAACCAAAGUCAAUUAUUUUCAAGGGAGAUAUAAUUGAUCAAUUUAUUCAAAAAGAAAUUGAACACGGUUUUCCUGGUGCUGCUCUUGUUGUAACACGUUACGGUAAGAUAUUCAAACAAGUUGCGUAUGGUUACAAAUUAAAAUAUAAUGAAAAUGGAACAUUUAUCAAACAACCAGAGCUAUUGACAUUAGAAACUAUGUUUGAUCUGGCAUCAUUAACUAAAAUGUAUGCAACCAAUUUUGCGAUUAUGCAUUUGGUUGAGCAGGGAGUACUGAAUGUUGAUGAUCCAGUUAAAAAAUAUAUUCCUCAAUAUAGUGGAUGUAAUCCUAAAAACGAAUGUCGUGAGGCAAGAUUCAUAAAAGAUCUACUGACACAUACGGCUGAAUAUGCUCCAAGCGUGGAAUUUUACGAUCCACGACGAGUUCCACCAAGCUUUUUCUCACAAGAUAAGAAUACAACCGAAGAAGUUCUCGAAACAAAAUUGGGAUUUCAACGACCAAGAGGUGGCGAUUAA